CCCCCACCCACCACCCACCCCACUAUUUAUAAGUAAACCCUCCCUCUAGUCUUCAAGUUGCUUAACCCCUCGAUUGCUCCGCUUUACUCCAUUAACAUUUUUCCUCUGUCAGCAUGUCGUCGAUCUCACUUUCUGCCCAGACCCUGGUCAAAACCUCACCGCAAGCCAUGGUCAAAACCACACCCCCACCCACGGUCAACGCUUUCCUAAAGCACCCAUCUACACUUCCAUCGGUCAAGACAAUCUCAAAAACCUUCGGCUUAAAAGCCGGAUCUUCAUUCAGGACAACCGCCAUGGCUACAUACAAAAUCAAGCUCGUGGGACCCGACGGUGAAGAAAACGAAUUUGAUGCACCAGACGAUUGUUACAUUCUUGACGCAGCUGAGAGUGCUGGAGUCGAGCUGCCGUAUUCUUGCAGGGCGGGUGCAUGCUCAACCUGUGCCGGAAAGGUGGUUUCUGGUGGUGUUGACCAGUCAGACGGGUCGUUUCUUGAUGACAAUCAAAUGAAAGAAGGGUACUUGUUGACCUGCGUUUCGUACCCGACUUGUGAUUGUGUUAUUCACACUCAUAAAGAAGGCGAUCUUUACUGAGUUUGAUAUGUUUUCGAGACAUGUUUGGUCUUUUGGUUAUCUGAAUUUCAUCAAUCAGUUUGAAACUUUGCUGUUCUUGAGAGUUGGAUUUGUUUUGGACAAUAAGUUCUACAUUUUCUUUCUCUUACUUUUUUUUAUAUUUUUUAAAUUUAUUGAAGCAUGGAAUUAAAGAAAA